AUGAAGCCCCAUCCCUUCACUUUUGUCGCUGCUGCGAUCGGCCUGUCGACUCGGGCGCUGGCGGUGCCGGCUCAGGAGCCGCUCGUCGUAUCUCAUCAUUCUGCACCACCCGCCGAGGUCGAUCUCUCGGCUGGCUGGGUCGACCCGCGCAUCCUCGGCGGUCGCAUGCUCGACUGGCCCGGCGGCGAACUGGGCGAGCCGCUAAACAUCAUCGUCUCCGGUCUCUCCGACCCCUUCGUGCUCACGCCCGACGGCUUCCGCGCCUACACCAAAUCGAUCGGCUACUCCGAAGAGUGCCUCGGCCUGCACUAUGGCACCAUCCACACCGCAGACCUCGGCGACGGCCUCCGCGCGCGCGACGAGCAGUACCUCGCCCGCCAGCAGUACUUCCCCAUGUGGGGGACGUGCUGGGAGAGCUUUGCCGGCGGACACCACUUCAGGGCGUGGAGGCAGAACGGCUCGUUGGCGGACUCUGGCGCGUGGUUCGUCGGCGCGAGCCAGGAGGAGCAUAGUAGGAAGAACCAUAUGAUUGUCGAGGAUGGGUGGAAUAAGGGCCGGGAUUGGUUUGUGGAACGCGCGGUAGCGGGGACGCAUUGGAAGGGCAUCUGGUGGGUCGCCGAUGUCGAGUGGAGGGAGGGGCUGUUGGCGCCUGGGCAUAAGGGCAUCAACCAUGGCAUCGCGCAGGACGGGCGCGUCGCCGUGCUCACCGUCCGCCGCGUCUGA